AGGAAGAGAGGAGUAAUGUUAAUACGAAAGAAGAUUAAACGUCACGGAGACGCUCGCUAUUGGAUUAGAUUUCGAAGACGAACAUUCAUAAAAGGAUUCGAGUAUAUGCCCUUAAUUGUGGAUUAUUUAUUUGUCAUCUUCUCUUUCCAUCUGAAGCUAUCGCAGAAGCCUUUACGAGAUUCUUCCAUCCAUCGUCGCCAUGGAGGAUUCUUCUUCCACGCCUACUGCUACGUCUUCGACUCAUUACUUCUCUAUUUUCACGAACUACCCCCUCAUCUCCGCCUUCACGGCAUUCGCCAUCGCUCAAUUCAUCAAACUCUUCACCUCCUGGUAUAGGGAAAGGAGAUGGGAUCUCAAACAGCUUCUUGGGUCCGGAGGAAUGCCUUCUUCUCACUCAGCUACCGUUACUGCUCUCGCUGUUGCUAUUGGUUUACAGGAGGGCUUUGGUGGUUCCCAUUUUGCUAUUGCCUUGAUCUUGGCUUCAGUUGUUAUGUAUGAUGCUACUGGUGUGCGGUUACAUGCGGGUCGCCAAGCUGAGGUUCUCAAUCAGAUUGUGUUCGAACUUCCUGCUGAACACCCACUCGCUGAAAGCAGACCAUUGCGUGAACUUCUAGGUCACACCCCUCCCCAGGUAAUUGCUGGUGGAAUGCUUGGAACUGUUACAGCAGUCACUGGAUACUUGUUUACCAGGAUAGCUACUAGCUAACGUGAACCAACAAUCAUAGAUCCAACUCCUCUACCUAGUGAAACCGCUGAACAGAACCGAAAUACACUUUAGUAUAUAUAAAUAUUCUUAUUUUUGAAUGUUCUCCUUACCAUUCUACACUUUAUGUAAAGAAAGCUUAAAACACUAUUACAAA